UCAAAGCUCCGGACGCGGGAUCUGCGGCAGGACAACCCAUGCCGGCUCGCCUCGCCCUGGCUUGGUGAGGAGGAGAAAGGACCCCUGCGCGCUCUCCGGGCCCAUCCCAACUUUUAUGGAUCCUCCCGCCAGCCGCCUCUUCUGUAUCUCCUCGAGCUCUCGGUCCCCGGAUUCGUCCCGUCGCAGCGCCGCGGCGCAAGGGGCAGCCGUCGGGGCAACUAGCGGCGCAGCGCCCCCUGCCGCCGCCGCCCUCUUUGGGGCCGAGCGGGAUCAAGUGGCCGAGGCCGAGUCAGUUGCAUCCGGCUCCGGCAUUCCAAGGCGCUCUUGGGUUUUCUCCUUUGGGCGCUGAGCUAAGCCCCGGGCUAUAAAUACCCUCCCUGGAAGACUCUCCCCCAGGAUCGUCUGUCUGUUGACCGCAGGAGGUUGCUGGGAAGGGCGGGGGGAGCCCGGCGCUGUGUCUGCCCCCCCAGGCCAAGAAGGACGCGCACCCUGGAUCCGAACCCCCCGGGAUGGCGACCCCGCGCCCCAUCUCGCUCCUGCUGUGCUUGGCCCUGGUGACGUUGUGCCAGGGUGGCUGCGUGGAGGUGGACUCGUACACUGAGGCCGUGGCUGGCAACAGCUUCCAGAUCUUGUGCAUCUCCUGCAAGAAGCGCAGCGAGACGGAAGCGGAGGCCUUCACUGAGUGGUUCUUCAAGCAGAAGGGGGAGGAAGAAUAUGUCAAGAUCCUUCGCUAUGACCCAGAUGAGAGGCUCAACGUGAUGGAUCCUCGCUUUGAAGGCCUGGUUCAUUGGAACGGGACCAAGAACAUCCGGGACUUGCAAGAUCUCUCCAUCUUCAUACUUAACGUGACCUUUGACCAUAUGGGUGAAUACGUCUGCACUGUUAACCGCACACUCUUUUUCGCGGCGGAGUUCACCCACAACAUCAUGGUCAACAAGACCAUCCAUGUUACAGUGGUAGACAAACAAAACCGGGAAAUGGCAUCCAUCGUUUCCGAGAUCAUGAUGUACGUUCUCAUCGUCGUCCUGACCAUCUGGCUGGUGGCUGAGAUGGUCUACUGCUACAAGAAGAUCGCCGCGGCAACGGAGGCAGCUGCUCAAGAGAAUGCCUCUGAGUACUUGGCCAUCACGUCGGAAAGUAAGGAAAACUGUACAGGGGUGCAGGUAGCUGAAUAGCCCACGUGGGGCUGUUGGCGGGCACAGGAAUUCCUGGCUGGCAGGGACGAGGAGGACGAUGGCGGAGAGGGAAAGUGACUCAGCAGAGGCAUCAGCAGCCCCUGAGAAGAUUUGAGCUGGAGCCAAGCAGCCGCUCCCCCCCCCCCCGCUGCAUGGCCUCCCAUC